GUCCACUAUAUCGGAAACAAGAAAAGAAAAAAGAAAAAAGAAAAAAGAGACGCAGGCUUAACUGCUCGGUCAUGAAAUGAAAUUGGUAAAGGAUUAUUAUUCGAAAUACUUUAAGAAUAUUCUCUUCAUUUCAACAGGUAACUACCUCCUAAGGUACCUCUACCUUAGGCAGGUAAUUAGUUCGUUCUUUCGAUUCAAACUAACCAAAGACUAACUUCCUUAAAGCGCUUUAUGUUCUAUCUACUUUAUAUUUGGUAUUUGGUACGAGUCAUGCGACCUUCGCGAUCUACCGUAUUUUGCUCUAUCGUCAUCGCACUGGCUUGGGAUACUUUGAUAACCUGAACCACGAUAGGCCAUACUUGUAACUAGUCUUAUUAAUAUCUGAGGAGUUUCUAUAAGUUGGAAAAGAGGGGUGGUAAAAGUGGUAUCUUAGGUCUAGGUACCUUGACUUCUAAGGUCGUCUCCGGUCUACGCGAAGACCAAACUUAACCAUGUUGAGACGGAAUCUUCGUCUUCACCGGGAUCUUCUCGUCCAAUGCUGUCAAAGUGUACGAUCAUUUUCUCUUACCUCCUGCCGCCGCGAGAUUCUUGAUGCCUCUUCACUUCCUGGGCGCAUUUCACCCAAAUACAAAGAGAGCUCGGCUUCUUCCUUCUUAUCUUUACAUUGGCCGGAGCCGCCGCGGAAUAUCCUCAUUAUCCCAAAGCUACAUGAUCCUAAGGUGACCGCAUCUGCUCUCUUGUUCGCGAAUCACAUCCACAGCGAGUACCCGAAUCUGAAUCUCAUCUUCGAGCGCCGAAUCGCUACUGCUAUUCACGAGUCUCUACCUUUCGCCAUACACGCCUCCGAUCCAAGUCAGUUCCCUGAGAAAGUUGAUCUCGUCAUCACUCUGGGCGGCGAUGGAACCAUUUUACGUGCGGCUAGCCUUUUUAGUCUAAACGCAUCCGUGCCUCCCAUCUUAUCCUUCAGCAUGGGGUCGCUGGGAUUCCUAGGCGAGUGGAAGUUUGAAGAAUUCAAACGCGCUUGGCGUGAAGUGUAUAUGAGCGGCAGCCGUGUUGCUGCGUCCGACUUGCAGGGCCCUCAUACGCAGUUCGCCACGAACAGCCGGCCAGAUGCAGACGAGGGCCGUCUUCACAGUGACUGGGAAGGUCUCCGCGGGAAGAGCAUGGGUCUCACUCGACGUAGCAAAAUUCUUCUGCGCCAUCGUUUAAAGGUGGGGAUUUACGACGCUGCAGGUAAUAAUAUAAACGACCAACUCAUGCCUGCCCCUGCCCCGGCCCCGGCCACCGAGCCGCAGCAAUCUACUACGGAGGAUCCCGACGAUGUCGCUCAAGUGAGGAAGGGCGAGAGACCAGCCAGGUCGCUACCAUUUCACGCGGUAAACGAACUGGUUAUCCACCGUGGUCCGAACCCGCACCUUGCUAUUAUCGACGUCUACAUCAAUAAUCACUUUUUGACCGAGGCAGUGGCCGAUGGAAUCUUAAUCAGCACACCAACGGGCUCCACGGCCUACUCGCUGUCCGCUGGUGGUAGCAUCAUGCACCCGUUGGUAAAGACGCUGUUGAUCACUCCAAUAUGCCCUCGUAGUCUCAGUUUCCGACCCCUUGGCCUCCCUUUGAACACCAAGGUAGUUCUGAAGCUGAGCGAGAAGAACCGCGGACGCGAACUCGAGGUCAGCAUCGAUGGCAAGCGCAGGACUACGGCAACCGUUGGUAUGGAGAUCCGUGUUGAGGGCGAGACUAUUGGCCGUACUUCGAGCGGCGGCUGGGCUGGAGGAGUACCCAGCGUCAUUAGAUCUCCGAUAAAGGGUGACGGCGAGAGAGAUGGAAUUGCCGAGGAUGAUGCCGGAUGGGUUGGUGGAUUGAUCGGCCUGCUCAAAUUCAACUAUCCAUUUGGCGAGGGCCAAUGAAAUUAUCCUUUUCCCUAGGGGUCAGAAUCAAAGUCUUGCGAUGUGAGUACCUUACCUACCUGUAAGGUGUUGGUUCCUGUUGAGCUGGUGGCGAGAUUCAAAAUAUUCCGGAUGAAGAAGAAUAUAUAAAAAGCGCAAACUGGAAGUAGCUAUCUUAUCUACCUAGGCACCUGCAAAGCUAUAAAGCUAUAUGGUACAUUUACCAUACGCACAUGAUCCGGUGCUAGUUACACUAACUACACGGCAAGGAAGCAAUUAGCUUACUAUA